CAUUAGCAAGCCGUAAAAUAAAAAAUCCAAUCAACUACCAAAUUCACCCGCUCAAUUGUUUCGUCACGACCUCGCUGACGGAUAACCAUCAUGGCGGGCGCUAAGAAAAACUUCAAGGCGACUAAAAAGUUCGAGCAAAAACAUCUAAAAGGCGUUUUAGAUCAACGAAAAACCGUUGCAAAGAUAAAGCAGAGGAAGCAGGUCGAAGCCAAGAAGCAAUUUAAAAAGGCGAAAGAUGCCGAGUUCUACAAGGGCGCGGAAGACGGCGAGAAAGCCAAUAAGCCCAAUGGCUCUAAGAGGACAUCCAAUGUCAACGAAAUGAGUGUCGACGAUUUCUUCGGUGGUGGAUUCGAGAUAAUCGACAAAGCCCAACCGUCUAAAAAGACGUCCAAGAAGUUAGGAAAACGCAAGCGAGAUGAGCCCAAAGAAGACGAUGCCUCAUCCGAUGAGGGUAACGAUAUUGAUAUCUCAGCUGACGAGAUGCCCGUUGCAAGCGGAAGCGAAGAUUCAGACGACGAAGAAGUUGAGGAUAUCGGCAUGAGUAAAGAGGCCAUGGAUGCCCUUGCUCAAGAGGAUCCCGAGUUCUACAAAUUCUUAAAAGAGAAUGACCCCGAAGCGUUAGAUUUCGACGAUGCCAACCUGGCCGAGGUGGAUGAGUUGAGUGCUAGCGAGGAAGAAGACCAACCCAAGAAGAAACGAAAGAAGGAGAAGAAACAAGAAAAGACGGAUGACGCAGACGAGGAGGAUAAGACUGAUAACGAGCUAACUCAAGCUAUGGUGGCACGAUGGGGGGCGGCGCUGUCAGAGAAUAAAUCACUCAGAGCUGCGAGGCAGGUGGUUUUGGCAUUCAGAUCCGCUGCACACUUGAACGAGGACGACGAAGAGCAGGGAGGGAAACAAACUUACAAGAUAUCAAACCCCGAGGUGUUCCACGAUAUCCUUAUUGUCGCGCUCAAACAAAUUCCUGAAGUUAUUCAGCACCACCUCCCCGUCAAAGAGUCGUCGUCUGGCAAGGUUAAUGUUCCUACGGAUUCUAAGAAGUUUAAGAGCCUUUCCAUGCUUCUAAAGUCCUUCAUAUCCUCUAUCUUAUACCUGGUCGGUACGCUGUCGGACGACGCGACCCUCAAGCUCACAUUGUCGGCUGUCACACCCCUUAUCCCUUACCUUUUAAGUUUCCGGAAGCUACUUAAGAAUUUGAUCAAGGCCGUUGUUGGAUUUUGGUCGCAGUCUACAAGUAGCGAUUCCACCCGAAUCACUGCUUUCUUAGUUUUACGACGACUCGUAGUUGUAGGCGACAAAGGUAUCAGGGAAGCCGUCUUGAAAGCAACGUACCAAGGUCUAGUCGCAGGAUCUCGGGUGACAAACGUCAAUACGAUACAGGGAAUAAAUUUAAUGAAGAACUCAGCCGCCGAGUUAUGGGCCCUUGAUCAAAAUAUUGGUUAUACGACAGCUUUCACUUUCAUCCGCCAACUCGCCAUCCAUCUGCGCAACAGCAUCGUGCACAACCAAAAUGACUCCUAUAGAACUAUCUAUAAUUGGCAGUAUGUCCACUCUGUGGACUUCUGGUCCUGUGUGCUAUCGGAGCACUGCAGUCCGCUAAAGGAGGCGGAAGCUGGAAAGGAAUCCCAGCUCAAACCCCUCAUCUACCCGCUCGUCCAAGUCACACUCGGUGCCAUGCGCUUAAUACCAACUGCGACCUAUUUCCCUCUGCGAUUCCACAUGAUCAGGUCACUCCUUCGCAUUUCACGGUCGACUGGAACUUACAUUCCGCUGGCUUCAGCUUUGUUAGAGGUUCUCAACUCUGCGGAAAUGAGAAAGUCACCGAAGCAGUCAACUAUCAAACCUCUCGAUUUUCAUGUGGCCUACAAGGCCGCAAAGGCCUAUUUGCGGACGCGAAUUUAUCAAGACGGAGUUGGAGAGCAAGUGGUGGAACUAUUCUCGGAGUACUUCGUCCUAUGGUCCACGAACAUAGCAUUCCCUGAAUUUGCCUUGCCUGUCAUCGUCAUGCUUAAGCGAUGGCUCAAGCAGUCAAGAAAAAAGACCGGGGGGAACAACAAUAAUAAGAUUCGCGCUGGUCUUGUUUUAUUGGUUCAGAAACUUGAGGCAAAUGCGAAGUUUAUCGAGGGUAAACGAGCUAAGGUCGACUUCGCACCCAAAGACCGGGCACAAGUCGACGCGUUCCUGAAGGAUUUCGAGUGGGAGAAGACGCCGGUUGGCGCCUACGUUGUUGCGCAGAGGAAGGCAGGAGCGGAGAAAGCUAAGAUGCUAGAGCAGGCCAGGAAAGAAGACGAACGGAAACGAAAGGAAGAAGAGCAAGAGGCGCUAGAGGAGAAUGCUGCUAGAUUAGAGGACGAGGAUGAAGAGAUGGAGGAUUUAGAUGACGAAGAGGAAAGCGACUCUUCCGACGAGGACGAAGACUAAGAGCAAUGGAACACCUUGUUCGAUUGAACAGAAUUGUUAAUGGACAGGAAAGUCGCCUUCACAUUGAGGGGCCGUUUUACCCCUAAUACUCAGAAUGUCUUCGCAUUAUCCUGAGAUACCCGAUAAUCUCUGAAUAUACCUACCUGUAGUGGCAGUAGCUACUCCAUGACGAAUACUGCCUGGAGUUGCAUCAAAUACAACUUUUUUUUU